GCAAAUCUGUUUUCUUUCUUCUAACGCAUGUUGAACGUGAUUAAAUCAUCCGUUCUUUGUAACCUUGAGCUCGCCCUUUCUAUUGCGUUUUGCCAAUUCUUAUUAACUACUUGGGCGCGUUAUUACUGUCGGAAAGAAAGACACAACCUAAUGUCAGCUAUACUACAUAAACCCAGUGAAGAUUGCUCGCAGAUCCAGCUAACUCUUACACGAAUCAAGGCGCUGCCAAUCUGACCACUGGCUAUGCUGUCCAUAUGUAAUCGUCUCUAUUCGGUACCGAGCCGAUAUCGGUCUUCCUGUCGGCGCUGUGUCCGUGUGUGUGCCUUUGACGAAAACGUUCCAAUGCAGCCAUCAGUGGCGCCACCAGCUACGAACUCGACAGAAUUGACGACAGCGGGCGGCACCGCGCAGCGCAAUGAAACGCGCGAAAAUUCAAACCAUCGCGCCAUAUUCAAGCAGGUUAUCAACAUACUUUAGCCGCUAUCCACACAACUACUAUUGUGCCACCGUUUUAUGGAGUGCAUUGAGCAGAUUCAGAUCUUAGUCGCUGAUCUGAAGCGAUCUAAAGUCAAUCCGGGUCGGGGGCAGCAGCAGAAAUAGCGUCGGCAGUAGCAGGUGCACCGUUAGCGUCGUUGACUGCAAAUGCCUUCCGUCGUCAGCAAUCGACGCUCCAUCACUGUCGUGACUUGAACAACAACGCGGCUCAGUUUCAGUCUAGCGAUAACUGUAGCAGCGCGUAAGAGUAGAAACAGUAACGGUCAGUUCAUCCGUCUGUCUGUUUAUCUGUCUUGGGCUCGAUUGUGUGCCUGCCUGCCGUUUGCUCGUUUCUUCUUUGGGACGGCGGCAACGGCGACGGCCGCGCCGGUCGGUUUUUCAUUAAGGGAGAGAAAAUUGUUUGAGAGAGAGAAGAAGGUAUAGAGCGAGAGACGCAUGCAGUUGCAGCAGCACCAGCAGCCGGAGAAGAGUUUGGGCUACUAUUGCGACCAGGACUCACACAAAAGGCACACCUGGUUAGACAAUCAGAGUUUGGAAUGCCUUUCGAUUUGUUACCGUAUUUUGGUCUGCUUCUGUUGUUGUUGCACAACGAGUUGGCGUGAAGAUCAGAGUUCAUUGGCAGUUUCGCCUGUAGCGGGCGCCUGGAUACUCACCAAGGUUGUGUGUCUGGCCGUCUGUUCGAACAGGCUCUGUUUUGUCGGCCUGAGUCCGUGUCUACUAUUCACGCAGCACCAGGAGAAUACCCACUGCUGCUCCUCCUGCUGCUGUGUUGUGCGUGUUCCGUGAGCGUUUGUGUUCACGACGCCUCCGAUUUGUUGUGGCGUGUGUUUCGUUCGUGGGAGCUGCUGUUUGCUGCUUGUGAGUGAGCGUGUUGUGAGCGAGAAGGCGGUGCUGAAUCGGGGCAGACGGUCAAACAGCUAGUCCGCCCCAGGGGGGCCACCUUCUUCGUUGUCGCAUAGCGUAGACGGUUGCAGAUAGCCCCAAAAAACAACACCAAGACGGCGACAGAAUCCCGAAAAAGCAACACAACAAAUGCCACAAAAUUAAACAGGCGACGAGAACUCUUCGUUGGGAGCGUUCUUUUGUAAGCGCGACGAGUGUUAUCAGUGAUUUCGAGCGUCUUCCGAAGUGGCGGUUACUCAGUGCGUGAGAGCACAAGAUGUAGCGAUCAGCUCCGCCAGGCACAUUUACGUAUGUUGGCCUGGAGGACCCAAAAUCAAAACAGCAACAACGACGACAACGACAGUAACAAGGACAGCAACGCGAGAAACCAGUAAACAACGGUGCUGUUACUAGUGAAUGUAGCUGCCGCGGUCGCAACUUGAGUUCUUACUGUACACCUCAGUAUUUUGUUAUGAUUUAAUAUUUAAUAUCAGUAUAUUGUUAUUAUUGCUACUAUUGUUAAUAAGCAGCAAAUAAUACCACUCAGACUGGGUAUAGCGACGCCGCUCGUGCUCCGGUCAAAAAGUAGAAAACAGACUGCCGCGUUUGUACAAAAGGUAGGCGUAAGCAAUCGUCCAACGAGGCCACAUACGAUACUCGCCUAGCAUCUCUCAGAAGAGCUGUUUAUGGAAAAGCUCUAUACAAAACUCCGGAUGUUAUCUUGUCGUUGGCUUACUAGCUUAUUGUGAUGAGUACAUAUAAAUAGAUAAAUAGAGCAGAGAUCCUACGCGUAUAAAGUUCGGCCUGCGAACUGUUGUUACGAACAUUCUCAGAAUGUUCAACCAUCAAACGAAUAAGCUCAACGAUUUUACCCCUUCGUGGUUGAAGCUACCCCCGACAAGGGAACGUCGACCACAGUCGCUUCACUGGCUGCAUAAUAAUAACACCAAUACCUUUCAGUCUCGAAAGGCGGACUCCGUACUUCAAAAAGAUGACUUCCCAUGCUUAGUGGAAGUCCCUAGCAGACAAAAUCGAAAUGGUGGUGCGUCUGCGUGGUCGGCCCCGUUGACUUCGUCGUCCUCAUCGCCUUCGCCUUCACCGACACUACCCAACUCGGCGAGCGCAACUGCCAGCUCAGUUAUUGGCCAGCUCGGUUCGCGGGGUGGGAAUCGCAUGUAUAAAGCUAUGCUACCAAGAAAUCUUACAAGAAGAGUCCUUGCCCCUCGACCCACUAACGUUCAGACUCAACAGCAACAACCACAACUCCAACCAUUGCAACGGCAGUCAACAGCCGAGUUUGACGUGAAAAGCGUUAAUAACAAUCAUAAGGACAGCGACGACCAACAUCAUGACUCCUCCUUGCUACACAGUAAAACGGAUUUUAUGUCUUCGGCAGCUUCCGAAAUUCGUGAUGCUCCGACCAGGGCAACGAUACCUACGAGAUUAUCGCCACCAAUAAUUGAUCGAACCGAAACUACGCUACCCGCAGCAAUUUCAAGCAGUAUCAUUAAUAUUCAUCAAUCAAAUCAACAGCGAAAUCACUACCAAGGCAACGAAAUCUACAAUCAAAACUUAUUUCCACCAGCGUCGCCAUGUUGUGAUGAAGCUGAAGAGCGGCUCUUGCGCGCCAUGGGCUGGAAAAGAGAAGAGCUUGCUGGCGAAGGACCGCUUACUCCAGAAGAAAUCACUGAGGCCAUCCAAUGGGGUCAUCAGAUCGGGAUCAACCACCUUGGAGCCACUCCAUUCCAAAACAGGCAGCAAAAGCAACCUCAUCAACAAGAGCACCAUCAUCACAGUAAAGACGACCUGUUGCAUUAUAAUCGGAGCAAAUCAAAAAGCCUCCAGCAGUUGAAGCAGCCGUUGAAUUACCCUUCAACAGAUCGCACCAAUGGAAAUUUCAACAUUAUCCAUAAACAUGAGCGAGACCUGGCAACGUUAACGGGACGCAGCGCGCAAUUGGAACAGGCGGCACGAAUGGGUUCAGAUCUCAAGCGGGCACUUCUAGCCACGAUGGGCGUCCUUGCCGACAGUGAUAGCGAUUUGGAAGACGAUAAUGAGGAUUCCGAUGAUGAUGCUGAUGAUGGCUGACCAUUGCUACCAGUGUCAACGAUCCCAUGCUGAAGUACUUUUUGGGUGCAGUAGGUAGAGGGCGAACCUACCCGCCGUACAUAACACACUUAUGGAUCCCCGACUGACAAAACAUUUUUGAAGAUGUGCAGAGAAUGGAACUGAAUAGCGAUUCUAUCGAAGCUUAUUAUUGACGUCCGCUUGGGUAAAAGAGGUGGAGUUUUUGUCAAAAAGAAGUCGAAAAAAUGUCGGGCUCCAUCAAACUUGUUCAAACUGCCAUCAUAGACAAUUAUUUUGUGAGUGGCGUAAUAAUGUAGUGACAUAGAAAACACAUAAGUAUGAGCUACCUUUGCAUUAAUCUCAAGCAGAAGAUUUAACUCGCUCACUUUUUGUUCGUUAUUUGUGUCUACCUCUGUGGCGGCAGAUGGGACAAAUGUUAGUCUUUUAUCUUCAUUUCAUGCAGGAUUUUCUUUCAGUGCUUUUUACUGAGGAUAUACUUUAUUUGAACGCGUUCUUAGCUAUCAAAACAAACGGAUCCGAAUGAGUUACGACUCCAUAAGUACUUGUGCUCUUUGAUUUCUGAUCAAUCUCGAACUUUACUUCCCUUUUACUGUCAAACAAUACAUCUACACGAAUUAAGAAGAAUCAAAUUUUUAAUUGAAGUAUUAUUAUGAUUACCAUAACUAUUAUACGGCAACGUGAUUAACGCUGCAAGCAUCAGUAUUGAUAUAGCCGAGGUAUGAGGUUCUUGAAUUUGUUGUAGAUUUGUAACAUGUCAUGUUUCCUUUCACAAAACUUGAGAUAUAGAGACAUUUCUCAAAAAACGCGUCGGCUUGCAUUUGACCCUAAGAAACGUAAAGAUAUUAUUUAGUAACAGCACCACGACGCGGGCUCGGCUGGCCUUACCGUUUUGUCUGAACAUGGGUGCUAAAAUGUAUUUUUAUGGAAGAUUUCUGAUCAACUUUGCACAAGGCCUAGUAUUGUUUUUACCCGUGGCUGACUGAAUAAAUGUGGCAUCGAGGCGUGUAGUUGAGAAGGCAGAUGUUUCUGGACUCAUGUUGGUAUCGUGAUGAACGCGUGGCCAUCAAACGGUCAGUAUGGUCUUGUAUAAGAUAAUACAAAAGACGUUCUUUUCUAAUGAAAAUGCAUGCUGUUAGGUCCAUUGUUAUAAAGGCGUCAGAGUACCUUAUCCCUACGUCGACAUUCAUAGCUACCGAGCUACACAGACACGCAUGGAAAUGGUUUGAAUGCAGUUAGUAUGCAGGAAGCAAGAAAUAAGUUGCCAUAGUUUUGGACGAGCAGGUUUAAGUAUGCAGCUCACAAAGAUCAGCCAAGUUUUAUUGUUACCAUGACCGAUCGGCCGAGCGGAAACGGAGUGCAGAAUAGUGCAAAUGAACACCAGAUUUUGUCGUCAAGGUAAAAAGCAAGCGCAGGAGCUCUCCUGCUGGUUUCAGCAGGCCUGAAAUAUCAGCGAAAAAGCCUGGUUCGAUAUUGAAUAUACAGGUAUAACGCUGUAUGAAGGUGACGUCAUGGACCUUGCUAUGAGCGUCCACCGAGUACAACAUGCAACACCGUCCGCUGCAAAAGUUAUGCAACUGAUCUUUCUCACUCAACUCAAGCCACCCUAUAUAACCAACGAUAUGCUAUUGUGAUGAAGUGUGACGUUUGCUCGACAAUGCAUUGACAAGAUGUAGAUAGUCACAUUAAAGAAAAAAUAAUAAAGCAUUCAGGCUACGUGUCGCAUAGUGAAGAUACCUGGCAAGAAAUAAAAAUAAAAUA